AUGAGCUUUUCCAGCUUCAGCUUGCCUACAACCCCUAAUUCCGAUGAAGAACGACACUUGUUCCGCCAAGAAAUCGCAGAACUUAUGUACAAACGUGUGAUAGAGAAUGAGCCCAAGAAAUCGCCAGGCUUCACCAGUCCCAUGUUCGUGAUUCCAAAGCAAAAUGUUGGUUCUUCUGCAGGAUUUUCUGACAUCUCUGAAUCUCUCGGGCGCCUUCCUCUAUAUACUGGUUCACGAACCAUCACGGAACUACCUCCAGUUCAAGCGGGAGGAUUCGACAUACCAUUUCAGGGCAUUUCCUUUCGGUUGAUCUGUAGUCCUUUGGUUAUUUACAAAGAUUAUUUGACCAAUUCUAGAGGGAGCCUGCAAACAGGGGAUCAGAAUCCCGUGGCUGUUAAAGAACCCGACCUAAAAAUUCGGUGUAUUCAGGAUCUCGGGCACAAGUAUGAAGAGAUAGGUUUGAGUGAGGAGGCACUCAACCUGCUUAUAGAAGGUUCUUUAACUAAUACACCGACAAACCGUGUGUACCAAAGAGGUCAACAUCUGUUCAUCACCUGGGCUCUUCAACAUGAUGUUUUUCCGACAGAAUUUUUCGCCCAAGAUUUGCAUCAACUGUUUCCUCCACGAGUACAUCUCUCCCCCCCACUAUCACAGAAGUCAGCGUUUCUUCUAGCCAUGGCUACCUUUCUACGACCUUCCGAUUUCUCAAAACUUCGGUUGUUUUCCGCCACCGUCAACUUCACAUCUGGUGCGCUCACUUUUGAUAAGCAUGCAGCCGCUAGUCUCUGCCCUGUUCGUACCUUUUGCGCUCUCCGUGACAAUCCUAAAGCACAAUUCGCCCACAAGAGGCAUUUUUCGUCAAAGUCAACCAACCAAGCCGAGCAGUACAGACUUCUACAAUUUCUCCUUGAAUUAGAAAUUCGCUACCCAGUUCCAGUUGGUAUUUCAGAUGAGAACGGCGAUGAAUUUUCUGAUGUGAACGAGCCCACGGAAAAUUGA